AUGUUAAAGCCGGAAAGAGUUACAUUUUCUGCUGAUGACGAAGAAUUCAAUCAGUUCGCAAAUCGUGAUCAACUAAAUUCUAUUCUUGAUCAUUCUCUUGUUCACUAUUCCACAGAUUUUAAAAGAACUGAACAGCAACCACCAACAUCUAUUAGACAUUCACAUUCAUUAGACGAAUUCUCGUCAAUAACCAUGACUAGUCAACAACAACAACAACAACAACAGCAAGAAAUUAAUCACGAACCACCCACGUCAGCACCACCGUCUGUGAUAUCAGACCAAACUUCACUUUUGAAUGAAAGCAAUUUGCAUCAAUUAGAUGCUUUAACAUUGCAGCAAUUAGCUAUCGGUACCAGUCAUUACCCAUCAAACAGAAAUGAAGAUGAUAUGAAAGCAAGUUCUACGCACUCAACAUCACUUAUUGAAAUACAAAAGGAAGUUGAUCGUGUUAAACAAAUGAAAUAUGGACGGACAUAUUCAUCCCCCACAUCGUCACUCUGUUCACGAUUAACAACAAAUCCAUUCAAUGGAUCCACAAGUAAUAUUGACGUUUCAUCAAUCACACAUCCCAUCAACUUCAAUGAACAGACAAGUCAAAUCAAUCAUCUUCCAUUUUCGUCCACGUAUAUCACAUCUAUACCAGAAUCUGUCGUACCAGCAUCCAACUCAUCAGUGACGAAUGAAAUUCACUUCAUCCCAAUCAACUCGAUCGAAUCGCCAACAAUAGAAGAUCGAGAAGUGUUUGAAACUUUCCAUACAAAAUCAAGUUCGAUGCCCGGCAUAGCAAUUCGCCAACCAGGAAAUUCCUUGAAUCUUGAUAUGUCCACAUCAGAAACUGAUCUAAUAGCGUCAUUACAUCGAAGUGUUAGCAAACAGGGCCUGGAUAAUCAAUCUGAACAUGGCACAACGUACAGUGGAGUAUCAGACGACUUGAUAUUUGUCGAAUGGGAUAAAGAACGAAGUUUAUUUCAAGAUUAUAUCAAUUCCUUACGAACAGAAAUUCGCGUACUUUUACAAGAACGUGCCGAAUAUCAAAAGCAAGUCGAAACAGUCAAUAAUAAUCUAAGUGAACAUAAACGUUUGAAUGUUGCACAAAUUUCCACUGAUCAGAAUAAAUUGGAUUUAUUACAGAAAUCAAUGGCAGAGAAAAAUCUUGUCCUUGAACAAAUGCAAAAAGAAUACGAAAAUCUGAAGGAGAAAAACAGCAACUUAACUCGUAAGAUCUCCGUGUUACGCUGCGAUGCCAAAUCUCAAUCAGGUGUAAUCGAUGAAUUAAAGCAGAAAAUCGCCGAACUAACCGUCGAUGUUCAAAAUCAUAUGCUUGUCAAGCAUCGAUUAGAAGUGUCAAUGAUGAACUUAGAAAGUGAUUGCAAAUUAAUCGAUGCAGAACGACUCCGUUUAACGAAUGAAAUUAAAAGUAUCCAAGUGAAUAGGCAAGAUUUGGAAAAAUUGUUACAACAAGCUAAUGUGCAAAUCGCUGAACAAGGUUCAACAAUCGAGAUGCUUCGUUCUGAUAACAUUCAAGUUCGUUCGCAAUUAUCUGCAACACAACGACGAAUGUUACAAGAAAAACAGCAGGUGAUGGAUUAUCUGCGACAGAUCGAAAACGAUCUUGUGGAAAAAGAACAAGUCAAACAACGGGAAGCGAUUCUACGCAGAGAUUUCGAAAAACUACAAUCAACUCAACAGCAAAGUCGACAAGAAAUCGAACAGUUCACCGCGAAAAUUCGUCAAGAUAAACAAAAAUUAGAUCAAUUGGAACAAGAACGUUUGCAAUUGUUAAAAACCAUUGAAAACAUGGAUGAAAAUAAAAUUCAAUUAGAAUCCGAAUUAAAUUCAUACAAGUCAGCAACCAAACGCCUGUACACGCAUUUCAAACUACCGUUCGAUUCUGUUCAUUCAAUUGAUCAGUUGUUACCCAUGAUUGAAGAUCGAUAUCGUACAGAGCAAGUUGCUCAAGCUCGUAUUCAUCAUGUCCAACUGGUACAAUCAACAUCGGAUAGCAACAGUCAACGUGAAACAGAAGAAACUCGUCAGCUUCGCGAAGAGCUCGUCGCAAUGGAUGUUCGAUUGAAACAAUUGAAUGAAGCUAAUCAAGCUUGGCAACAGUAUCAACAGAAUCAAUUGGAAAUGUUACAAGGACGAUUGAAAUUGGAUGAUAUUACUCAUUUAUCAUUCGAAGAUAUUGUCCAACAAAUUGAAAACCGCUUGGACGACUAUCACAACGAAAUUAACGAACUUCGCAACAAGACGAAUGUUGCGAAUGAAAUAAUUCAUCGAUCUCAAGACACUCAAACUGACCAGAAUGAAGAGUACCAAGACGAAAAGCUUCAAAACGAUCCUCCAUCGAAUAUUAGCCAUUAUGAAAAUGAAAUUCGUGAAUUACAGGAGAAUCUUGCUGCUCUCACAGCGCAAAACACACAGCUCGAUGAAGCUAAUCGUGCAUGGUCACAGUUCCAUCAAACACAACUCGACAGUUUCAGAGAUAAAAUUCAAAGGAGUUAUCGUCUUAAUGAUAUUGUCACGUUCGACGACAUUGCACAACAAGUUCUCGAUAAACUUGAUAAAUUGAAAACUGAACGGAAUCUUUUAAAGCAACAGUUACAAGCAGCAGAAAAAGUCAACGAUGAACUUCGAACGGGAGCGAAGGAUGAGACCCAAAGAAUGAAGGACAACUAUGACGCGACAAUCAAUGAUCUUACUCAACAAGUGACCAUAUUCAAACAACAGAAUGAUCAACUGGAAAUCGAAAAAUAUGCACUAAAUCAGCAAUUAGAGAGUCAAUUCUUACUUUAUGUCAAACAGGAACGCAAUACGCCUACACCAGAUUCCACAAAAGGUGAUGCACAACUCCGUAGAAAGAGCAAACGAUCAUCACCAAUUGGAGAGGCUCAGGUACAUAGCAUCUCACCUGUUCGAGCAUCGCCUUCUCCUGCUCAAGAUCAACAACUUCAACAACUACGAGACAAUCUCGAUCUUCUCACCUCACGAUGUGCACAACUCGACGAAGCCAACCAAGCUUGGCAACUCUAUCAUCAGACUCAGUUCACCACUUUCGUCAACCUCAUGCAUGAUGUUCUCUCCAUCGAUGACAGCUCAUCGUUGGAUCAAGCUGCACAACAUAUCAUCGAGCAGAUCGUGAAAGAAAGAGAUGAUUUUCAUCAACGAUACGCAACGUUGCAACAAGAAAACGAUAGUUUGCGAACAGAAUCGACGACUAAAUUGGAAGAACUCGACCAGUUCUACAAGAAUGCAAUCGAUGAACUGAAUCAACAACUUCUUUUGAAAGAUACAUCCCAACAAACACAUAUUGAUAGUCUUCGAAAUCAACUCGCGUCAUCUCUAUCCACCGAUUCCAACAGCUCACUCGACGAACUUAUCCAGCAGAUCGCCGAGCAAGUCAAAGCUCAAAAGUUUGAUUUCGAUGAGAAAUACCAAGCACUCGAACGAGAAAACGAAGAGCUUCGAUUGGAAAGUGCAAGAAAUCUGGAAUCGAUUCGAGAGUCGUAUGAAAACACGGUGAAUGAACUUAAUCAAGAGUUAUCAGCUGUGAAAGAGGCAUAUGAUCAACUUAAUGUUGAAAAACAAAUCUUAGAGAAAGCAGUGUCAUCAGAAGCGGAGCAACAAUCACCAUUGGAGAUGAAAGUGGGUAGUGACCACAAGAGCGCAGAAGAACUUCACAAUUUGAGAGGCAGUUUCGAAUUGUUGGCAAGUCAAUGUGCUCAGUUGGAAGAAGCCAAUCGUGCAUGGCAAACGUAUCAACAGAGUCAAGGGAGCGUUUUUCGUACUAAACUUGUUGAUUAUAUUCCGAUGGGUGAGAGUCAAUCGUUCGAAGAGAUGGCACAGGUUAUUAUCGAUCACAUUAUGAAAGAACGCAAUGAUGCUAAUGAUCGACAUCUAGAACUGGAAAAGACAAACAACGAGUUACGUUUAGAAUCAGCAACUAAUCUGGAAGCAAUUAAGGAAUCGUACAUGAAUACGAUCGAUGAAUUGAACAGAGAAUUACUUAGUGUUAAAGAGCAAUGUGAACAGCUAAAUAUGGAAAAACAAGACCUAAAUCAACAACUACAAAAACAGGAACAGGAAAAAGUUGCUCCAAAAUCAACACCCGCGACUUUGCUAUAUGAAGUCCCGAUUCAUUCGACUACUUCAGAUGUUCACGAAGAAACAGAAGAAAUUCAACAGUUACGAAAAAAUUUCAUCGAACUUACCUCUCAGUAUGCCGUUUUGAAUGAAGCUAACCGCGCUUGGCAGGAUUAUCAUCAAACUCAACUCAAUGAUUUCCGUGCCAAAAUUCAAGAUCACUUCCAAAUUGAUAGUGAUGCGUCGUAUGAUGACAUCGCUCAACUAAUUGUCGAUCAAAUCACGACUGAACGAGAACAAUUCAGCAAACAAUAUCAAACAUUAGAAAACGCUAACAAUGCUCUUCAAUCAGAAUUCAACAAUGAAAAUAAAGAAUUCGCUGCCACCAAACAACAGUAUCAGCAGAUGUUUGACGAAAAGGACAAAUUACUUCAUCAGUUAGAAAAUCCAACUGUUGCUGAGAAUCAACAUCAAAAUACUCAGACGUCAGAUUCUGAAAAUGUUGAUCUUUGUCAACAACAAGCUGGAAUGCCUGAACUUCGUGAAAAUCUAACAUCUCUGACAAAUCAACUGGAUGAAACCAUUCAUUCGUGGCAACAGUUCGAACACAAACAACUUGAACUGCUCAAAAAUCUGCUACCAUUUUCCGACAAAACCUCGCUCGAAGACAUUGUACAAGAGAUUAUCGUUCACAUUAGUCAAUUAACUAAAGAACUCGAAACUUCCAAAGAAAACGAAAGUGAACUCAACCAACGCUUCGAACAAUUACGCGAAGAAAGUCAAAUGGAAGACAUCAAGAUGAAAGAAGAUUUAGUUGUCUUACAAAACCAAUGUACAGAAUUGGACAAUGCAAAUCGUGCUUGGCAAUCAUUCUAUGAUCAACAAAUCGAGAUUGUGAAAAAUAAAUUGCAAGAGUAUAUUAGCUUUACCGAGAAUUCAACCUUCGAUGAAAUGAUUCAGUUGAUCGUCGAUGAAUUCGAACAAAUGACUCAACUGACUGACAAUAGUCAAUCAGAUUCAAUGGCCAAUAAUCUUGACUCUGUUAAAAAGGAACUAAGUGAUUCUCGUGGAAAUGAAAAAGAUCUUCUCCAACAAAUCUCAACUCUUCAGUAUGACUGCCAAAACUUUGAACAACGACUGAAAGAUAAUCAACACUUCAUCGAAUCAUUAAAUAGCCGGUUGAAAGAUCUAACCGAGGAAAAUGAACAGGUUAAACGGCAAGCUGAAGAAUGUCAACAGAAGAAUGAAUUACUUCUCAGUGACAAUCUUAACUUGACCAGCCGUUUAACUGACUUCGAACGAACAGGGACUCCUUCGGAUAUGUCAACAUCUAUUCUACAAAAACAAGCACGCCUUACUCCGGUUUCCGAAUUGCAAAUACAUCGAACAACGCCGGUUCGCUCAGCAUCUUCUCUUGACGUCGACGAAGAAAUACAGCAGUUACGCACGAAUCUAACCGCUAUUACAACACGAUGUGCACAACUAGACGACGCUAAUCAUGCUUGGUCACAAUAUCAUCAACAGCAAUUGGACACUUUCCGAAACAAAUUACAAGAUUUGAUCCCUUUGACGAACGAUGCAGAUCUAGAACAAAUGGCACAGACAAUUCUCAACUUUGUCGAUGAAGUCAAAGCUAACAGUCAACUAGAUUCAACUCGAGCGGCUAACAAUCCAAUGCACAAUCAGAACGACACUCUUGAACAACUGAGCCAGAAAUUAGUCGAUGCUUAUAAACAAUGUGAGGAUUAUCGCGAAAAUAAUACUCAACUGCUUGUAUCGAAGCAACAACUUGAGGAACAAGUCGAAGCACAGUUACAACAAAUAAAUAGCUUUCAUUUGGCGAAUACAAAUGCAGAAGAGUUAUCUCAACUGCAGCAAUAUAACGAGUCUUUGACAGUAGAAAAUCAACAAUUACAAAUGAAAAUAAAUGACAUGGAACAACGUUUCAAUCAAAUACCAUCGAACGGAUUCAUUCAACGGAUUGAAUCGCCCAGAGAAAAUGUUGGAAUACACAAUAUCAAUCGUGAUCGUGAUGAAGAACUUCAACAAUUACGAGCAGAUCUAUCAACAGCUUCAGCACGUUGCGCGGCUUUAGAAGAAGCGAAUAGCGCUUGGCAGAAAUAUCAGUUCGAUCAAACGGAAUCGUUCAAACAAAAAUUACAACAGCAAAUUCCAGUGUUACAGACACUAGAUAAUACAUCGUUAGAUUUGAUUGGACAACAAGUCAUGAAUUAUUUAGAUCAAUUGAAUGAGCAACGAGAUAAUCUUAUCAAACAUAAUGAUUUAUUGAAAGAAGAAAUUCAAUUACAGAAACAACAUAUGGAACGUCUAGGAUCACCGGACACCGACAGUCGAAAGUCACAACGACGGUCAUACGACAGAAAUGUUCGAGAGGCUCAGGUACAUAGCAUCUCACCUGUUCGAGCAUCGCCUUCUCCUGCUCAAGAUCAACAACUUCAACAACUACGAGACAAUCUCGAUCUUCUCACCUCACGAUGUGCACAACUCGACGAAGCCAACCAAGCUUGGCAACUCUAUCAUCAGACUCAGUUCACCACUUUCGUCAACCUCAUGCAUGAUGUUCUCUCCAUCGAUGACAGCUCAUCGUUGGAUCAAGCUGCACAACAUAUCAUCGAGCAGAUCGUGAAAGAAAGAGAUGAUUUUCAUCAACGAUACGCAACGUUGCAACAAGAAAACGAUAGUUUGCGAACAGAAUCGACGACUAAAUUGGAAGAACUCGACCAGUUCUACAAGAAUACCAUCAAUAAAUUGAAUGAAGAAUUGCUCACUUUCAAAGAUCAAUCCCAACUAAGACGCGAUUCCACAUCAUCGGAUGACGCGCGAACGACAAUCGCUUCACUCACUGAUGAGCUCGAGCUAACGAAACAGUCUCAACAAACACAUAUUGAUAGUCUUCGAAAUCAACUCGCGUCAUGCCUAUCCACCGAUUCCAACAGCUCACUCGACGAACUUAUCCAGCAGAUCGCCGAGCAAGUCAAAGCUCAAAAGUUUGAUUUCGAUGAGAAAUACCAAGCACUCGAACGAGAAAACGAAGAGCUUCGAUUGGAAAGUGCAAGAAAUCUGGAAUCGAUUCGAGAGUCGUAUGAAAACACGGUGAAUGAGCUUAAUCAAGAGUUAUCAGCUGUGAAAGAGGCACAUGAACAGCUUAAUGUUGAAAAGCAACACAUGGAAACAAAGCCAUUAGAGCCAGUCCAACAAACACCCACACAGAUCUCAGCUGGACGAGAGUCGGAAGAAUUUCGUGAUUUGAGGGACAGUUUCGAAUUGUUGGCAAGUCAAUGUGCUCAGUUGGAAGAAGCGAAUCGUGCAUGGCAAACGUAUCAACAGAGUCAAGGGAGCGUUUUUCGUACUAAACUUGUUGAUUAUAUUCCGAUGGGUGAGAAUCAAUCGUUCGAAGAGAUGGCACAGGUUAUUAUCGAUCACAUUGUGAAAGAACGCAAUGAAUUUCAAGAAAAGUACGCUGAAUUAGAGAGAUCUAGCGACAUUUUUCGAUCAGAAGAAGAAACAGUCGGUACACAAUCGGAUGAUCAAUCUAUGUCAGAGAGUGUUACUGAUCUAAAUCAAGAACUCGCUACACUCAAAAGUCAAUGCGAAGAACUUGAGAAAGCUAAUAAGCAACUUCUUUCCGAAAAAGGAGAAUUAAACAACCCAUUGGAAGAUCGUUCAAUAGUUGUUGGUCAUCAUUCAGCUGCUGACUUGAGUACCAUCGAUGAAGUCACCGAAAGUCAUUCGUUAAUGUUUCCAAUCGAAACUGAUGAAAUGCGUCAGAUACGAGCUGAUCUUGAUUCGAUGAGUUCUCAACUUGCUGAAAUGAACGAAUCAAAUCAAAAUGAACUCGAUCUAUUCAUAGCUAAAGUACAAAGUUGGAUUUCCCUUACUCCGAGUUCUACGUUGAACGAAAUUGCUAAUCAAAUACACAAGCAUUUCGAAGAACAAAAGGAAAAAAUGUCUCAACGAACGGAUUUCGCAAGUCAAACACCUGCUGCACCCGAAAACGUCCAUGUUGCCGUUGAAACCAUCCGACUAACGUACGAUCAUCACCAGACACAAACUGAUUCAAUUCAAGUAGCACAUCAAAAGAUUCAAACCGAAUCAUUCGAGCAAUUACUAGCCGAAUCUGAAGAAAGAAAUAUGUUCACUGCUGAAGAAGACGACGAACGUUUACGAGAUUAUAUAGAUGAACUUUCUCUUACGCCAAUCCAAGACCUUCCAGAUCGUCUUCAUAAAGAAUGUCAACAGAUUUUAUCCAAACAAAAUCUUUCUCCGUCGUCGUAUACAGAUCAAGAUUUGAAUUAUCUCGCUCUUCUGACUGUGCAUUUACUUUACAAUCAACAUCUAACUGAUGAUGCUAAACAUCUUUAUAAUGAAACAUUGAUCCGAGCAUUGAAACAGGAAUAUGAAUUGAUCAACAAUGAAAAACUGGAUUAUAUUGAGAAGUAUCAUUCACUCGAAGACAAACUUCGGCAAGAAUUAAAUCUCAAUGAGAAGGUAUAUGAUAAGCUGCAAAAUAAAUAUGAUGAACUACUUGAACAGAGUGAACUUGAACGUUUACAUUCGAAGAAAUCGAUUGAUGAUUUAAGCGAGCAACAUUCCAUACGUGAGAAACAAUUCGAAUUCAAUCUAUUCAAUUUACAUCAAGAAAACGAAAAAUUAAAACAAAGUAUACAUCAGUUAGAAGAAUGUCAACAGAAAGUUUCAGUCGAAGACUACGAACAACUACGCCAAGACUAUGAUGAAUUAAUCAACGAAAAUGAGCUAUUGAAAGAAUACAAUUCACAAAUGUAUCAAGAAAAACUGCAGGAUAACAAAGAAAAUGAUGUAACGACAACGAAAGUUUCGCAUGACAUUGAAAUUCAAUGUUAUUUGGUGGAAGAAUUUCGACCGACUCAAACAGAAGGAUCAGUAUGGAAUAAUGAUUGGGAAGAAGAACAUACACUUCAGCAUCCAUCAACACACAAGUUACUGCUGGAAAAACUGUCAAAGGAUGAUGAAAUCAAACGAUUGAAAGCUAUCAUAUUGGAAAUGGAGCAUGAAAAUUCACAAAAACUUCAAACUACCCCACAACCAACAGAUACUGAUUCAUCUACUCAUGAUAUCGGCAUUCAUUGUUCUCUUCAAUCGCCGUCUACCUCUAGUUCAGCUCAAGCCGGCAUGGAACAUGAAGUCGACAGUACAAUUCAAACCGAUCUGGCUGAAUCGGAGGAAAAUGAUUGGAACAGUCAAAUGUCUACAUUUGAAAUCGCAUCAGAAGUUGAUAACAUGACAACAGUUACGAGUGAACAUCCUUUCAAACGCACUAUGGAUAUGGAAACACAAACCGAUGAGCCAGCACAAGAGAAAUUAGUACAAGUGAAUACGAAACUGAAACGCGCUCUACAAACCAUAAAAGACAAAAUCCAUCAAGCAGUGUUCGACCAACCGGAGUUAUUUUCGACAGCGGGCGAUGAUACAAUUGAACGUCUCGACCAUCUGAUUGUUACCAUCGGAAAUCAAGCGACGCAAAUUGAAGAUUUUCAAAAUGAACGUUUAGAAUUGCUGGAUAAACUUCAAGGAGCAGAAACAUUAUUGCAUUUAAGCAGUCAAGAAAGAGUUGAUGUUGUCGAAUACGAAAAUCAAAUUCGAUCAUUGACAUCCGAGCGUGAUGAUCUUCUUGAACGUAAUAAAAAAUUAGAAGAUGAACUUCAAGAAGUUCAACCACAUGGCGAGGCAGCGUCACCCGAACCUCGAAGUUCAUCCGACAAUUCCACCCAAACAGCUAUCAUUCCAGAGCAGCUAGCACAGGAAGAACAACAACAAACGUCAUCACCAGAAAGUCCUAAACUCAAAGAUCGUGAAUCUUUAACUUUCACAGAUCGUGUUUUCGGUUAUCUUUCCACAUCGGAGACGGUCGAUAUCGUCGAUAAUGAAACGCAAACCGAUGAGCUUCCUCAAGAUAAAAUAUCACAAGUCAACACAAAACUAAAACGUGCUUUACAGACAAUCAAAGACAAAAUCUAUCACAUGGUUAUCGAAAGACCAGAUCUAUUCACGGAGACAAAUGACGAUACCAUCGAACGUCUCGAAUGUUUGAUAAAUACCGUUGGAAAUCAAGAAGCGUAUAUUGAAAAUCUACGAGCAGAAUGUGGUCAAGCACAACGAGAAAUCGAUGAGCUGAAAGGUUUACUGAGAGCAAGUCGAGAUGAACUUGAUUAUGAACGAUCAGUACGAACAGAACAGCUCGUUUCAAAUUCGGACGAUAAAAAUUUAUCGUUGAUUGAAGAUUGCCAAAGACAAAUCCUUCAGCUUCACAAGAAACUCUCCUCGAAUGAAGAUGAACGUACUUUACUUCGCGAACGUCUCAAUGAAGUUGAGCUUGAACUAAAAAAAUCCACUGAUAAUCACGAAUCAACGAUCGUCAUGUACGAAGAACAGUUUGCAACACUGGUUAAAGAAAGAGAUCAGGCUGUUGAAGAAAAUGCAAUGCAACUAUCAGAAAAAUUACAUGAGAUUCAAAAGUUGCAAGAAGAAUUAAACCAACUCAAAGAAUCUUCCGCCGCAGCCCAAGUCAAUCAAUCAUCAUCGGAAGAAGAAAUAAAAUCAUUGCAAGAAGUCAUCGAACAGAAAUCGAAUGAAUUGAAAGAUCUAACCGAUCGAUAUCAAGCUCUUUCGUCUUUGCUCGAUACUCAAAAUGAUGUGGAAAAACAAAAGAAAGAAAUGGAAGAACAGUUAAUGCACUGUCAAAGCCAAAUUGCAUCUCUCACUCGUGAGCGUUCGCAACUAUUAGAAGAAGUACAGAAGAAUACGGGCGAAAGUGACAAACCAACCGACGCUCAACAAUAUGAAAAACUUGUGAAAUUAAACAGCAAACUCAAACGUGCAUUGCAAGCAUUCAAAGAUAAAAUCUGCCGAUUGGUUAUUGCUCGGCCUGAUCUAUUUGUGAACAUUGGCGAAGAAACGACAGAACGCUUUGAUCACUUGCUCUACACAGUUGAACAUCAAGCAACACGCAUCGAUUUAUUACAAGCAGAAUUGACAGAAUCCGAAGAACUUUAUCGUGAAAACAUUCGAAAACUACAAAGUUCAUUGGAAAAAUAUGAAAAUCAACGUGACUAUGGCCAAUCAGGAACACAAGAGCAUUUGGUUUUUCCCGCACCGACAACUGAACAUGUCACUACUACAAGUACAUCGCCUAUGAAAGAUUAUAAUAAACAAAUCAAGAAACUUCGACAAAAGCUAACGGCGAAUGAAAAUGACCAAGCAGAGCUCCGUCAACGUCUGGAUGAGGUUGAACUUGAAUUGAAGAAGACAUCGGAUGAACACACAGCAGCUAUUGCAAAAUACGAAGAACAAUUGCAAGCAUUAGUAAAAGAAAGAAAUGCAGUUAUUGAAUUACAUGCUAUUCGAUCAGCAGAAAGUAAAAACGAAAUCGAACAUUUACAAGACGAAUUAAAACAAUCGCCCACUACUGGUCUUAUCGAUAGAGCUUCUCCGGCAGAUGUGAAAUCGUUACAAGAUAUUAUUCAACAACAAUCAGACGAAUUACGAGAUCUCAGCGAUCGGUACCUUGCUCUUUCAUCUUACGUUGAAUCAUACGACGAUUUCGGUAGACAAAAAAAAGAAAUGAAUGGACGCAUUGCUGAAUAUGUCAGUCAAAUCGAAAGUUUGAUUCAAGAACGAGAGAUACUUGUGGAUGAAGCAGAAAAGAAUGCAAUUUUAUUGGCACAAAUCGAUGAUGACAAACGAUCCGGUGAUCAUAAUCAUGAAAAACUUGCAAAAGUCAAUCAGAAACUCAAACGUGCGCUGCAAUCCAUCAGAGAUAAGAUUCAUCGAGUUGCCGAUGAAAGACCUGAAUUCUUCGAAAACGUCGGUGAUGAUACUAGUGAACGUCUCGACCAUUUGAUCUUGUUCAUUGAUCACCAAGCAUCACAAAUCAAUGCGCUACAAUCUGAACUUGAUCAGUCUCAAGAACAAUAUCGUGAUGAAAUACGCGAACUGCAAAACGCAUUGGAAGUGUUUCAAACUCAAAUCCACCGCAACCAUCCAUCAUUGAAAUCCGAACAGCCAGAUCAUGAAACUACGUCUCCAUCGGAAAUCUCGACUUAUAUCAGUUCAUCUGUUUUUGAAAGUGAACAACAUCAACCAGAAAUCAAUCAACUUCGUGAAAAGCUUUCGGCAAAUGAAGAUGAACGAAAUCUCAUGCGUAAUCGAUUGACCGAUGUUGAACUGGAAUUUCGAAAGACAUUAGACGAAUGCGCCUCGACAUUAUCAAUCUAUGAACAAAAAAUACAAUCGCUUGUGCAAGAAAGAGAUGGAUUAAUUGAGCAGCAUACCGUUCAAUCUGCGGAGAACCAACGUGAAAUCGAGCGAUUACAGAAUGAAUUGAGUUUAUCAAGACAACCCACUGCACCGGCGCACAAAUCCGAUGAUGAUAUAUCAGCUCGACGAGAAAUGCUCGAAAAACAAACAAAGAGACGGCAAGAUGUCAGUGAAAAAUAUAUGAAUCUAUUGUCUCAAUUGGAUUCAAAUAUCUAUUUACAAACCGAACUUGACAAAUUAGGACGAGAAACCGAAGAACAUCUAAUGAACUAUGAACGCCAAAUUGAGAGCCUUGUUCGUGAACGUGAAGCUUUGCUAGACGAAAAACGCAAGAACACUUCAUCAGCAGUAACGACAGCUGAGAACGAGAAGCCAGCCGGUGAUCCUCAACAUGAAAAACUUGCCAAACUGAACAGUAAAUUAAAACGUGCUUUGCAGACCGUCAAAGAAAAAGUCCAACGAGUCGUUCUCGAACGACCUGAACUGUUUACCAAUGUUGGUGAAGAAACAAAUGAGCGCCUUGAUCAUUUGAUUCAUACCGUCGAAAAGCAAGCGACACAGAUUGGUUUAUUGCAAAACGAUCUUGAAACCGCAGAAGAACGUUUACAAGAAAUCAUUCGACAAUGUAAUGAAUCAGUUGAAUUCUAUCGAAAGGAAGCUGCAAAAGAACGGCAGUCAACACCUCAAGAAUCUCUUACACCAACAACAGUAAUCACGCGUAAAGUUGAACCAGACCAUAGUGAACGUACGCAAGAGAUUCACUCCAAACAAACAUCUAAUGACGAUCAAUGGAAUGAUUGGUCGUCAGAAUCAAUACAUUGUGCUGAUGAACGUGUUCAAUUUCGAGAUGCUGAUGUUCAAUGUGAACUACUUGUUGAUCGACCACCAUCAAUACACGAAGUUUCCGAACUCACAGAAAAUCGACCAGCAUCAGUGACUAGUCGGUUGUUCGGUGCUCUGAGAAACAUCGCUACGUCGCUAUCAGAAGAACCAUCUGUCAACGAUUGGAAUGAUCAAAAUUCUCCUUUACAGUUACCCGCCGAUGGACAAGAGGCUCAACAACUCACUACAUCGCCUUCGUCAACAAAUAGUUUGAUACACAACAUCGCACAUGAUCUUCAUCAAAUUGUGGCUGAAAAUCCAGAUCUAUUUCCUCAUUCCUCAGGAGACAUAGCUGACGACUUGAAUCAACUCAUUUUGAUUAUAAAGAAUUUUCAAAAAGAAAUCAAUGAGUUACAAAAUUCUGUCGAUAAACACCAACAAAGUACCAACAACGAACGUCCAAUGACCACGGAUACUCUUCGAAAUCCAUUGAUUAGUUCAUCAGUAUUCGAAGAUCACCAGAGAGAAAUUGAUGAAUUAAAAGAAAAACUUCACCAGAAUGGAUUAACUUACCAACGAGAAAUCGAGCGUUUAACUGAAGAACGAAAUCAAGCUACUCUCAACUCAUCAACUGCGAUACAAUCUCAAACGGAUUUCAAUGAUAACAAGUACAGUUUAAUUGAAACCCGUUUGAGUGAUUGCCAAUGUCAAAUCGAUGUUCUUCUUCGUGAACGAGUUGCUCUCAUGGAACAAAUCAAACAUUUAGCACACCAACCAACCAAACAGAACGUUGAAAUUCAAACACUAAACGACCAACAACCAUCGACACCUUCAGAGCAACGCAUUUCACGGCGAGUCUUCGAACAAGAAAUGUUAGCUUGGUCGAAAGAAAGUGAACAAUUGAAGCAAUUUGUUAAACAAAUUCAAGUCGAAAAUAAGAAACUCAAAGAUAUCAUUUUGAAAUUUGAACGUUUAACACAAGAUUACACCCAAGAAAAUGAACGAUUAAAGCAAGAAAACCAUCAUCUAGCACUAUUAUCAUACUCAUCUGUACAGUCAACGGAUGAAAGUGUAUCUUCGGAUACUGAUAUCUGUUAUUUAACAUUGAAAUGGUUAACUUACGAAGUUGCGGAACGAACAUUUGAUGGAAGUGAACCACCAUCGAUUACAGUCGAUAGUAAUGAUCCGUAUUUGAAACAACGACUGAUAGACACCGAGCGACAUUUGAAGAGUAUUCGUAUACAAAACCAAAAAUUAAAGAAACAGCUGGAAACAUACACAAUACAAUUUAAGCAUAUUCAACAUGAAACGAAUGUUAAAAAUCAAGAAUUAACGUUACUUAAAACAGAAGCUGAUCGAUUACGGACAAGUGAAACACAGUAUCGCCUAGAAGCUGACCGUCUGAAAGCAGAUCUUCAAUGUGAUCAAGUGAAAAUUCAACAACUAGAACGGGAAAUCAUCGAUCUUAAACGUGAAACCAAUCAACUAGAUAACUACUCGACGAACAAUCUUCGUGAAUUACUUGAAUUAAAAGAACGUGAAUUGAAUGCGCUCAAAGAGAAACUUGAUUAUACCAUGAAAGCUCAUCAACUCGAAUUACAAGAAGCAAUCAAAGCCAAUCAGUUUUCACUCGAUAAUGUUCAACGUUUCGAACAAUUGGACCAUCAGCAUCAAACGAAACGAAAAGAAUUGGAAACACGAUUGGGUAAAUUCUGUCAAAUGAUUCGGCCAUUGAUCGAUAAUCAACAUUUAUUCCGACAAAAUUCAAUAAUCGAUAUCAAUGAACUACAACGUUUAAUCACGGAUACCGAAGCCGAAGAAAAAGUAACGAAUUCACUCGGUGCAAUCCGUGACUGUCUUGGUCUAUUGGAAAAUCAAAUGAAAGAUUUACAUCAUAAUCUCAUCGAAAAUCAUGCUCGUCGAUCUUCAAAAUGGAAAUACACCGUCGGCUUCGAAUGUUCGUCGUGUGAUAGUCAAUGGGAGGUGACGCAUGAUAUAGAAAAUUUACAAGAAGCUUGUCAAGAUCCUGACUUGUUUCUUGAAUCAUCACUGGUUGAACCGAUGAGUGGAUGUUCGUGUCCACUCCCUGCUGAUUUGAUCGAAAGUGAUGUUCAAUUAUGUUUGGAUGAUUUAUUAGACGAUGUUAUCGUAAGAACGACAGUGAAAUAA